AUGGACAUUGUGUUGUGGUUGUUUGUGGUUGGACUGGUGUUAGCAGCUUGGUCAUACUCCCGCUGGCGCAGUCACUGGUCAACCCUUGGAGUUCCUACACCGCCCUUUCUACCAUUCCUCGGGCACAUACACAAGCAGUUAUCAUUAACACAAACUCGAUGGGAUUAUUUUGAUGAGGUGUACUACAAGUAUGGCGGCGCAACAUUCUCUGGAAUGUACGAAAUAUUUCGCCCUGUUUUGAUGGUUGGCGAUCCUGACCUUCUCAAAAAUAUUUUCAUUAAGGACUUUGAUCAUUUUGUUGACCGUCGGCAGUUUCUGGCUGAAGAAGGAAGCCUUACCAAAGAAAUGCUUGGUAACAAGUCAGGAGAUGAGUGGAAGGCUCUUCGAGCAGUUAUGACUCCAACAUUUUCCUCCGGCAAGAUGCGUGGGAUGUUCCCUCUCAUCAGUGACAAGGCUGAUGAUCUUGUUUCUUUUACUCUUAAAGAAGCUGUUAAGAAACCUUACGUUGAUAUGAAGGCAAACUUCGGAAAGUUUACAAUGGAUGCUAUUGCUUCCUGUGCUUUUGGAAUUGAAUGUAAUUCCUUUAAAAACGAAGACACAGAAUUUGCCAAAAGGGCAGAAACAUUCUUUGCCUUCUCGUUUAUUAGAACCUUAAAAUUUAUUCUUAUAAAUAUUUCCCCAAGGCUCUUUAAAAUUCUGAGGCUAAAAUUAGAGACUUCAGAUGUGAGAUUUUUCCAAAACAUUGUACAGCAGACAAUAGCAGUCAGGAAAAAUGGUCAAAGACGUGGAGAUUACUUGGACCUCCUUCUGGAUGCACGAGCAAGCCAUGACCAACACACCACUAAGUCAACUUCCAACCAGUCCAACACUACACGUGAGACUUCCACUACUGACAACCUCAGUGGCAUUAAUAACUUAUCCAUCAUCCCAUCUAAGCAAGGUCAGUGCUGUUAUUGAUUUGAAUUUUACUGCAUAAGCCAAAAGCUUAAUAAGAACAUAAGAACAUAAGAAAGAAGGAACACUGCAACAGGCCUACUGACCCUUGCGGAGCAGGUCCAUGUCCCCCCCCCCGGAUUAGACCAAUGAC